CAGGACGGAGGAACGCCGCGGACUGGAUUUUCAUACCCGAAGGAGGGAGGAAUGCUCCGGUGAUUCCCUCCACCACUCCCACCCCGACUCUCUCUCUCUCUCUCUCUCUCUGUCCCCCACCCCACCACCUCGGCUCCCGGACACCCUCCUCCUCGCCACUGCCACCUUCGCUCCUCUCCAUCACUUCAGUUUCGGGACCUUAUCCAGACACACGGCUGUUCCGGCUGCAUUUUCUUUUGUAAAAAAAAAAAAUCAUCUCAGAACCUGCUGGUUUUUUUAAGGUUCUGUUUGUAUCUUGUUGGCCCCUGUGCUCUGAUUUUUCACCUUUCCCGUCCAGAAAGCAGCAGAACAGUUAACCCAGGGCUUACAGUAAGUGGAUGUGUUGGACAUCUGGUACAAGCAAUACCACUUGCAUGUUUUGGAGGAAAAAUUCCCUUGGAGACUCACGGGGAUCUUUCAUUUUCAAGGUGGUUCUGUGAAGAGAGCGCGUCUUCCUCAGCAAACACUGGUGAUUUAAAGGCUCUCUGAAGACAGAAGUGACAAGUUGGAAGAAGAGGUUGCUCAUCGCAGCAAAUGAACAAGGAGACUCUUGAUCGACGUUUCGCUCAGAAAACAAAUCAGGGUUCGGCCUCGGUGGGAGCAGAGCUCCACUGAGAGGAAGCAGAGAGCCGAGCGCACAGUCCCAUUGGUCGGCCAAGAUGGCAGCGCGGAUAGCAAAGCGGCAGGGCUUCGGGCUGCUGAGGGUCCUCCUGGUGCUGCUGGGAGUUUCAGUGCUCUGCGGUGUUGCGCUAGGAACCAGGAAAGGGCAUGCUACGCUGGACCACAGGAGCCACAGACAUAGACAUCCAGGUCACUUAUCGCUGCACAGACAUAGACAGAGGACAGGGAAGGAAGGCCAGGUACUACACCGGUCCAAACGAGGAUGGGUUUGGAAUCAGUUCUUUGUCAUUGAGGAAUACACCGGACCUGACCCGGUUCUGGUGGGGAGGCUUCACUCAGAUGUGGACAAAGGCGACGGUACCAUCAAAUACAUCCUGUCCGGUGAAGGCGCAGGAACGAUAUUUGUCAUUGACGACAAGACGGGCAACAUCCAUGCCACAAAAACACUGGACCGCGAGGAGCAGGCCCAGUACACCCUGACAGCACAGGCUGUGGCCCGGGACACCAAUGAGCCACUGGAACCUCCGUCGGAGUUCAUAGUGAAAGUUCAGGAUAUCAACGAUAAUCCUCCAGAGUUCCUGCAUGGACCUUACUAUGCCAGGGUGCCUGAGAUGUCCAAUGUUGGUACGUCGGUGAUGCAGGUGACGGCUACAGACGCUGAUGACCCCACCUAUGGCAACAGCGCCAGGCUGGUGUACAGCAUUCUGCAAGGACAGCCGUACUUUUCUGUGGAGCCUCAAACAGGUAUAAUCCGCACUGCCUUGCCAAACAUGGACCGUGAGGCGCGGCAGGAAUACGACGUCGUCAUCCAGGCCAAAGAUAUGGGCGGCCACAUGGGGGGGCUGUCAGGGACCACCGAGGUCAAAAUCACCCUCACAGAUGUUAACGACAACCCGCCAAAGUUCCCACAGAGUGUGUAUACCAUGUCUGUGUCAGAGGACAAGGUGGCAGGAGAGGAGGUGGGCCGUCUUAAGGCCAAAGACUCUGACAUGGGAGACAACGGACUUGUGAACUAUCGCCUGAUAGACGGAGAUGGGAUGAGCAUGUUUGAGCUGUCCACCAACUCAGAGACCAGAGAGGCUGUUAUCAAACUGAAGAAGCAAGUGGACUUUGAGACGAAGAGGUCCUACACUUUGAAGGUGGAGGGGUCCAACCCACACUUAGACCCUCGAUUUCUCGCUUGGGGACCUUACAAGGAUGAAGCCACAAUCAAGAUAUCGGUGGAGGACGCAGAUGAGCCUCCCGUUUUCAUAGCCUCUAGUUACACUUUCGAGGUGGAGGAGAACACGCCUCGAGGCACCCCGGUGGGACGGGUUCAUGCCAAGGACACGGAUGUUGCCAACAAUCCUGUCAGAUACAUGAUUCCCCGGUACACAGAUGUGGAUCAGUUCUUCAGCAUCUCAGAAGACGGAAUGAUCACCACGAACAGACCGCUGGACCGAGAAACACAACCCUGGCACAAUAUUUCAGUUUCAGCUACAGAGAUCGGCGGUCACCACCAAGACACCAAAGUGAGAGUCAACAUCAAAGUGAAAGACGUCAACGACAACGCCCCAGAGUUUGCCACAAACAACGAAGUCCACAUGUGUGAAAGCGUGGCGCCGGGGAAGGUUAUCGAAACAGUCAGCGCUGUGGACAAAGACGAGAUGGCUCACCGGCAACACUUCACUUUCAGCCUUGCUCCUGAAGUCGCCCACAACCAGAACUUCUCACUCAAAGACAACAGGGACAGCACAGCCAGCAUCUAUGUGCUCCGCAAAGGCUUCAGCCGUCUGACCCAGGAUGUCUACUACCUUCCCAUUGAAAUAAACGACAACGGCUUCCCCUCCAUGAGCAGCACCAACACCCUGACCAUCAGAGUCUGCUCCUGCGACAGCAAAGACUCCAUCCUCUCCUGUAAUGUGGAGCCCUAUGUCCUGCCUGCUGGGCUCAGCACCGGCGCUCUGAUUGCAAUUCUAGCCUGCAUUGUCAUUUUGCUUGCCAUUGUGGUUCUGUUUGUCGCACUGAGGCGUCAGAAGAAGGAGCCGCUGAUAGUGUUUGAGGAGGAGGACAUCAGAGAGAAUAUCAUUACAUAUGAUGACGAAGGAGGCGGCGAGGAAGACACGGAGGCCUUCGACAUCGCGACACUGCAGAACCCAGACGGUGCCAACGGUUUUCUGCCAAGGAAAGACAUCAAACCGGAACUCCAGUACCCCAUCAGGCCUGGCGUGGGUCGCCCAGCACCCAACAGCGUCGAUGUGGACGACUUCAUCAAGACUCGGAUCGCGGAGGCCGAUGGCGACCCCACGGCGCCGCCCUACGACUCCAUCCAGAUCUACGGCUACGAAGGCAGGGGAUCGCUGGCUGGUUCGCUGAGCUCGCUCGAGUCGGUCACAACGGAGUCCGACUUGGAUUAUGACUAUCUGCAGAGCUGGGGGCCAAGGUUCAGGAAGCUAGCCGAUCUGUACGGGACGAAAGACUGCUCUGUUCUCGACGAGGAUGACGGCGAGGACUCUUAACAGCGGUCUUUCCGGCGGAGGACAACCACCUGAUUUCGAAUUCAUCGAUUCCAUGAGGAUGCGCUGACUGAAGGUUCAUUCACGUUUCAGUUAUAACCAACUAGUUCAUGCCAAUCUGAACAUUAACAGCUCCUCCCUUCCGCAUGGUGGUUCCCCAGGAUGGUUGGGUAGAGGGAUGCUGACUUGAACCGCUGCCCUUUCCUUUUUCUUAAAUCUCUUCUGUCUCUUCUAUGGUACAUUUUUUCCACUGUUUCUAUAGACUUGAGCUUUGCAGGGCUGAGAGUUCUGUCACCAGUUUGUCUGUUUAAGAGAAAAUUUGAUGGGAACCAUAUUAGUGCACCAUCUUGGAUAUAGCAUAUACUUCUGUGGACUAGAUUCAUGUACUUCCUCAAAGGUGGCAGCCAGGGAGAUAUUUUAUUCUCUUAACAGCUCCCUUAGCAGCAGGGCAUAUUGCAUUCUGUUUCUCUCUUAAAGCAGACAAGGAAGAGCAAGAAAAAAAGUGUGUUUUGGGGUCUGGCAACAGCCUGCAACCAGAUGAAAUCUGAAGAAGUUUAACAUGCUGUUCUGUCGGCCGAAAGCAGCAGGUACCACAGAUCAGAUGAGUUGACCGACUCCGGGUUGUUGAUACUCUGAAGAUGAGCAGAGCAUCUUCACAGUAUGGUGGCCUUAUAAUAAUUCAACAACAACUCCAGGGGUUAGCACACACGAAAACCAGAGACUGACGAUCGAGACCACUAGCUUUGGUAGCUGUACCAACACGUGGGCUGUAGGAGUAUCUGUGACAGUGCUUCACAAGUAUCACCCAUUUUUUUCUACUCCCAAACAGAAACGGACUGAAAAAGUAUCUCCAUUUCCAAACUGUGGAUUAUUAUUUUUUCCUUAGUGAUUGAGUCUUCUCUAAGAAGAGAAGACGUUUUCAUUCCACAGACCCGGUUUGUCCAAACUCCUGCCAUCAGCAAUCGUUUCCCAUUUUGACCUGAGUCGACCAACGAAUGAUCACCACCAUGUUCCCAGUCCACCAAUGAUGACGAUGGGUAAAAAUCUGUGAGCUCUAAAAAUCGCCUUAAACCUAAACAGAAACUCUUGCAACCCAGUGUAUUCUCUCUUUUUUCCCCCUUUUUUUAAGUUCUUUUUUUUUUUACUUGAAGAAUAUAUUCAGAAAGCAAACUCUUCUGCUUGUUUAGUAUGUACAGAGCAACGUGCGGACAUAUGACGUAUCACUCUGAGGGUGCAACCUGCGCCUCGGCUGCUCUUAAACAAGGAUGUGCUGUUGAUUUGUUAGCCCAGCAAAGUAAAUGUAAACUU